AUGCAAAACGAAAAAGAAAUCAACUUUUCAACAAACAUUCAAAAUUUUACAAUGGACACAUUUUAUACAAGACAAAAUAUAGUUCGAAAUGUAAUUCCAUGUAUGACAACUUCUAUCCCUGGAUAUAAUGAAGUUCAUUCCUCAGAUUUUAAUGGAGCAAAUUCAACGACUAUUAAAGCGAAAAAGAGAAAAUGGAACGCUGACCAAUCUUUUCAUGACAUCAAUUAUUAUUCGGGAGUUCCAACAAAGAGAGUGGUUUCAAACGAAUUACUUUAUCAACGGCGACCAGCAGAAGCUUCGCUUUCCAUACUCAAGUUAGAGUUACCUGCUUUACCUGCUUUAUGUCCUGGACAUUUGAAGGAUAUCGGAUCAAGUAAGAACCCAUCUUUGAAUGAACAGCAAUCCGAGAAGGUUUUAUCUUUGUUGGGUCCCCUCUUUACACCAACUUCAGAAUCUCAAACAAAAGAACCAUUUCGGAAAACUAUACCGAUAAAUGGCUCUUCUUAUUUGAAAGAACGUUCCAUUGAAGAAGAUUUAGCCUUACCCGAGCUAGGAUUAUCUCCAAAAAGACAUUAUAAAUCUGAUUUAAAUUUGUUCAAUUCUGAAUCGACAUGUUUGUUUAAUUCGAAACCUACAAAAACAUCUCUGAAUAAUUUGAAUCAAGUAUCUCCUAAAUUAAAUAGGGAAAGAUAUGUCGAAAUCGAUGAUCCUAUGGAGAUAACAAACUAA